UCGUCAGCUCCAUCCCCACCACCAUCACCGCCAUCCCCAAUUCUCCAUACCUCCCCCCACUAAGUUGGUUUUCGCCAUUUUUCAAUCACGAAGAAAACACCCAAUUACUUGACUAUGGUUUUACCGUACCAACAGAAAGACCCAUUCAUUUCUACCUUGUCUCCCUCCUACUACUGUUACAAUUACUUGGUGGGGCAGCAGUAUUAACAAAUUCAGUCUACUCGGGCAAAGUAAUACUCUUAAUUGAUAACCCUUUUCAUCUUCCUUCCCAUUUCAUUCAAAUUUGCUAAAUUUUUCUCACAUAGCAGCACUUCUUUCGUCAUAAUUGUAAAUCCACACUAUGGAUAAAGAUACGACGCCUCCUUAUCUGAGUUUGUUUGCUGCAUUGUCAUAUGGAAUCGCGUCAAUGGCCAUGGUUUUCAUAAACAAAGCAGUUGUUAUGAAUUAUGCAUAUUCGAUGACUCUACUUACUUUACAGCAAAUGGCAACUGCGUUACUUAUACACUUUGGAAGAAUAAUGGGAUGGACAAGAGCCAAAGCACUAAAUGUCGAUACUGCCAAAAAACUUAUCCUUGUUUCACUAUUUUACAAUGCAAAUGUGGCUUUUGCUUUAGCAAGCUUGAAAGGAGUCAAUAUUCCAAUGUAUAUUGCUAUAAAACGACUAACGCCUCUAGCGGUAUUAGUUGCUGGACUUUUCUAUAAGAAGGGAAAACACUCAAAACAGGUAAUUCUUUCUGUAUCAUUAACUGCUGCGGGGGUAAUUAUUGCAGCACUGGGAGAUUUUUCUUUCGACUUAUUUGGAUAUGUCAUGGCUCUUAUCUCUGUCUUUUUCCAGACUAUGUACCUUGUUUUGGUGGAGAAGUCUGGUGCUGAGGAUGGGCUUUCAUCAAUCGAAAUCAUGUUUUACAACAGCCUUUUAUCCUUGCCGUUUCUGCUAUUUCUCAUUAUAAUUACCGGAGAAUUCCCAAGUUCGAUCUCACUAUUAUAUGCAAAGAGUGCUUCAUUUUACUUCUUCCUGCUGUUCGUUCUUUCACUCGUAAUGGGCAUAAUCUUGAACUAUACCAUGUUUUUAUGUACGAUAGUCAAUUCUGCUCUAACGACAACCAUUGUUGGGGUCCUCAAGGGCGUCGGAUCCACGACCCUCGGGUUCUUCUUACUGGGAGGGGUUCAAGUACACUUUCUGAACGUCAGUGGAUUGGUGAUCAACACGCUCGGUGGUUUGUGGUAUUCGCUUGCCAAAUAUCAAGAGAAGUUGAGAAGAACAGCAAUCCCAAGAUAGCGGAAAGUGUUCGGGUUUUAAGUUGAACAAGAUGGGAUGAGAUAUGAAGGGUGUUUCCAUUUCUAGUUAAACUCACAUUGAAGCAAAAGAUGGAUGAAUGCUUGUAAUAGAAAUGGGACCUUCACAGGUGAAAAGGGCAAAAAAGUAAAAGCACGCCCUACCAUAUUUGAAAUUAAAUGUUCAUUUUCCUUGUCCAACAAUUAUGCAAAACACUGAGUUCCUGCAUACAAAUGGGAAAAAUACCAUUUGGUU